AUGACGCAGACCGAGGGGCAGAAAAAUGAAUUAAUGUGUCCGCUGGUGACCACACCAGGCGGCCAGCACUACGAGCCUAUGGUGCUCCGUGAUGUGACUGCGAUGAUGGAAAAAAUGCCCCCACUUCACAGAGGAGGUAAAGUGUGGCUGAACAAAUUUUUGGCUCUGAUGAGUGGGCAGAGCUGUACACUCGGUGACAUGCGUCAGACAUUGGCAGGAGCAUGCUCUCUAGUACAAUUGCAGGCGAUUGAGGAAGCAGCAGGCACAGCGAGACUGGGGAGGGAGGUGCCCUUGCCACAAGUAGCAGCGCCCCUGUUUGAAAACAUUAAAUUGACUUUCCCACAACCCACCGAUCUGGCCCCCACUAUGUUUCCUUAUGAUGUGAAAAUGUCACCAGCACAGCAUUAUGUAACAUGUGUGGAAAGUUGGAUUGAAACUACAGGUCGUCAUCCGGCUCUCUCGCCCGAGGCAGAGGUGCUCUUCCGGACGGCGCUAGUGGAUGGACUUCCGCCAGACGUGAAGCAGCAGCUGAUGUCAGACCCUGACAUUCUGGUUUGUGCCGAAGCACGAUUUAAACGUCAUCUUUUGUAUCACUGCAGAACGUUCACUGAGUCACAAGCUAAAGUUGAGAACGAGACAGACGCAUUAUCAAAACAGUUGCUGAAAUUACAAUUGGCAAAGAUGCAUGGUGAAGCUAAACAGUCAAAAUCACAGAAAAAGGAUUUGUUUGAAGAAAUUGAAGGGCACAUGUGGGAUUUAACUUCAUCAUGCAUUUUGAUUGGUAAAGAGGGAGUUGCAGCAGCUACUGAAUUAACACCUGAACAAAUGCAGUGGUUCAAAAUGACAGAAAAAGGGGUACCACACAUUUCGCUAGCUCUUGCCCCAGGUCAUGAAGCCAGACAAUUGGGCUCAAUGGUCAAACAUUUGUUGCUGCAAACCGACUGGCGGAAAACACACAUCCCUAAUUUGUAUUGGUCAGAGUCUCAGAAAGCUUACCAAAUUAAACAACCCAUGGUAGACUCAGGGCUGCUGGAGAUGAUGUUGGUAUCUCGCACACAUGGCAGGGAAUUAACUGAUCAUGAGGACGCUGAAGUAAUGCUCGCGGCCUUGCCCGACACCUUGUGGUCCCAAGGUCCAUUUGAUGUCGGGUUUUGUCACUCGAUGGCCCCUAUUGAUCUCCAAAUGGAUGAGACGCAGCCUAUCAAACGACCCCAAUAUCGUUGGCCGAGUGAGGCGGACCAAGGCAUGGAAGACACUCUGUGCGGCCUCUGGGACGCAGGGGUGUUGGAAGUGUCAUGCUCCGAAUGGAACACCCCGUUAAGGCCAGUCCAAAAAGCAGAUGGGAAAACAUGGCGCAUGGCACAUGAUUUGAGAGCAGUAAAUGAUGUCACUAUAACUCCUGUUCUUCCCGUGCCAGACCCGCACCGAAUCCUUGCAUCAUUGAACCCUGCCUAUCAGUGGUUCACCGUAAUUGAUUUGGCUAAUGCCUUCUUCUGCCUCCCGCUUUCCCCCUCAGUGCGGCACGUGUUCGCCUUCACUUACAAAGGGAUGAAAUUGCAAUACACACGCAUGCCGCAGGGAUUCAAAAAUUCGCCAGGAUUGUUCAAUCAGGUCCUCAAAGAACUCCUCGAACCAUGCCAAAUGCCGGAUGGCACAUUGUUGUUGCAAUAUGUCGAUGAUUUGUUGAUUGCAGCAAAAGACGAGCAGACGUGUCUUGAAGGAACAAAGAAAGUGUUGUUGUGGUUAGGGGAGAAAGGGUUCAAGGUGUCAAGAAAGAAACUGCAAUGCUGUCGCCAACAGGUCACUUUUCUGGGACGUGUGUUGACCCCUAGUGGCCUCGCCAUGUCGCCUGAACAUAGAAGCUCCAUCCUCCGACACCCACGGCCCGCCACCGUCCAGGAGAUGCUAUCAUUCCUGGGGUUGUGCGGCUACAGCAGACAUUACAUACCCUGUUUUGCUGACAAAACUGGUGUCCUACGGGCCCUGAUCCGCGAACAGGGGGCGAGGAAUCUCAGGGCUUGCCUGGUUUGGACACCGGAGGCUGCUGAGGUCUUUGUGUCACUGGUGCAGGAGCUGGCCUCUGCUGCGGCUUUGGCCACUCCUGACUACACUCUGCCCUUCCAUCUAGAUGUCUCUAUUUCAGGGAAAGUUGUGAAUGGAGCUCUGUACCAGAAAAUGCAGCAUGGACGUGCAGUGUUGAUGUAUUGCAGCGUCCCCUUGGACAACAUUGAGCAACGACAACCCGAUUGUUCCAGAUAUGCGGCUGGCCUGGCAAAGGUCUUACUCAAAACAGCCCACACGGUCAUGGGGCAUCCAGUUUAUGUGUUAACUGAUCAUGCAGUGUCUUCAUUUGUCGCAUCGGCGGCGUUCACGUUGACUCCACUGCGACAAACACGGUUGUUGAAAAUAUUGACUGCCCCAAAUGUCAACUAUGUCCAUUCCGGAGUGAACAUGGCCGAUCAAUUGUUGGUGGGACCCCAUGAGUGUGCAUCAAAGGUCCAGACGGUGGCGAAAGUCCGACCUGACCUCUAUUCCACUCCGCUCGGGCACGGUCGUGUGGUGUUCACAGAUGGCUGCUGCUGGAGAGACAGGAUGGGCUCCCUCCAUGCGGCCGCGGCUGCGGUCGAGUGGAGGGAUGGUUCCUUCCAGCCUCUUAAAGUGAUGAAGCUCAACACCCACCCAUCGGCCCAGGCGGCAGAAGUCUUUGCUCUGGUGUUAGCUUUACGACAAUGCAAGGGGGAAGCCGUGACCAUCUAUUCUGACUCCGCUUAUGCGGUGUCGGCGGCUUUACUCGAUCUGGUGGGGUGGCUGCAGAAUGGGUUCACGACGGCCAGGGGCUCGGAGAUUGCGCACAAGGAUUUGAUGUUGCAUUUGUUUGAGGCAUUGAAGUACCCGAGCGAGGUGGCCAUUGUCAAAGUGCCUGGUCACUCCAAAGCUGACACCUUAGUAGCUAGGGGGAAUCGAGCGGCUGAUGAAUUGGCCAAGCAGACGGCCGGGUAUGGCGGGGCAGAGGACAUGAUGGUGUCCCGCGGUCCACUAAUUGUGGACGGGGAACACCCCGACUCCUGUUUGCCUCUGUCACUCUCGCAUGCCGAUCUGUGUGCCGCCCAGGGUGCCACGUCCCCGGAACAAAAAUCGGUCUGGCUGGCAGCAAAGGCUGUCAAACGAUCAGAUGGCUUGUGGGUAGGACCCAAAGGACAGCCAGCUCUUCCGGAGGGAAGGCUGAUGUCGGAGGUCCUGACACAGGCUCACACACCUUCCCAUGUGGGUCCCCAUGCCAUGAUGAUCCAUCUUCGAAGUUGGUGGCAUCCCAAACUCUCAGAUGUGGUCUGGAAAUUCGUUGCGGAUUGUGAGUCUUGUCAGACGUUCAAUGCACGCCCUACGUUGAAGCCUAAGCCCGGCCUGUUUCAGCCGGCCCCAUGGCCGGGGGCAGAGGUGAUCAUUGAUUUCACAGACAUGAAUACAAGAGUGAAUGGAAAACGCUUUUUGCUUGUGUUGGUUGACGCUUACUCGGGCUGGCCGGAGGCAUAUCCGUGCUCGAAGGAAGAUUCUGCUGCGGUGAUCAAGGCUUUGAUCACCCAUUACAUCCCUACCCACGGUUUUCCGGCCUUGAUCCGUUCUGACAAUGGUACACACUUUAACAACAAAGCCUUGGCCAAGGUAGAAUCAAUUUUGGGGUUGAAGCAUCGAUUCGGGUGUGUCUACCAUCCUCAGUCUCAAGGCCGCGUUGAACGACUUAACCGAACGCUAAAAGAGAAAUUGGCCAAAAUUAUGGCUCAGACGGCAAUGAAUUGGCUACAAGCACUUCCGCUUGCUUUGCUGUCUGUGAGACAAUCCGUUAACAGGAGCACUGGAUUCGCACCGUUUGAGUUGAUGACGGGCCGUCUAAUGCCAGGACCAGCGACGACGCUCGUCCCACCAGAGGAUGUUCCGGUACCUAAUUUAUCUCAUACAGCAUACUGGUCCUAUUUGUCUGCUUUGGUGUCCAGUGUUUCUGCACAGCUUGGAGAAAAAUCCGCUGCGGCUGCGGCGGAGGAAGGUGUGUCGGUGGAGAAACAGCUCACGCCGUACGUGUACGUCCGAGUCAUCUCCAGGAAGUGGACGGACCCCCGGUGGAAGGGCCCCUUUCGUGUCUUGGCCAGGACGUCUCACGCGGCCCAACUCGACUUCAAAGGACGCCGGUGGUAUCACUACUCACAACUCCGUCCGGCCCCAGAGUUUGUUCCGUCAGGAUGAAGGUAUUCCUGGUUGGCCGUGUCCCGGACCCGGCCAAGAGGGGGGGAACAGAAGGAGUAGGGGAAGCAAUACGGAGAAGGAAAGGGGAGGGCCCGAAUGGUUUUUCGAAAUUUGCGAGAUUAAUUUUAGGACUGUUAUUUGUAGGUUGUAUUUUUGUGUGGACAGUGAUGACGAUUGAUGAGACCUUCCAGCAGAAAACGUCCCAGAUUCAAAUUUCACACACCACAAACAACAUCAUGUCUGAGCAUCAUUUAAACAUCCGGUCCAAAAGACAAGUGACCGGGGUCACUCAGACACACCGGGGACACUGCGAACCGGUCCAAUCAUUUAAAUGGGGGAUCCAGGUUUGCAUCCCUAAAAACGUGACAGUACAAAUUAUCAUACCGUUUGAAAGUUUGGUGAACGGGCAGAUUAGAGGACAGGAUUAUCGGGAUUAUGAUUGGUAUUUGACCAACGACUUGGUAAAUAGGGGUUGGAAAGAUCUGGUAUGGGACACUAAAGAUUGGUAUAAGUCAUGGGGGACUAGUGUUCAAGCAAAACAACAUCAGCAAAUGAUAAAAGGGGAAAAAACGCAGACAGGCAUCACCUUGUGGGUUAAUGCUUCACACGAUUUACAUUUAGGAAGACGCACAGUAGGGUGCUGGGGUUUCCAGUUAAACAUAUAUGUGUAUAAAUACCCGUAUUGGCAGAUGUUCCUCUGUCAAGGUGAGGAUGCCAAACAAGAAGUAUCUUUGAGUCCCUCAACAGACCCCCGAAUUUUAGC